AUGAUUACUGAGCACCCAUCUAUACAGAACAUCAACCACAAUACAAAUAUCACCCCGCUUCUAGUAGACAUUCCCAUCCUCAACUCACCACCUGACAACAACAAACCUGAACCCUCUGAAUCCUCUGAUCCACAUAAAAAUAUAAAACCCCUGAGACCUGUCAUAAUCAAUAGAAAACCCUCCUCUGAAAAUAUGCUGGUUGAAAUGGAGAUACUGGAUCAAAACACACCUCUCAAUAUUAACAACAAAAGGGCCCUUCCUGAAGAUCCUACCUAUAAUCCCUUGACAUCACUUGAAACCAAAAAAUAUGCUGCAGAUGAAGGCUGCUAG